AUACGAAAUUUAAAAAAAAAAUAAUCAUAAAUGAAAAUUUGUUAGCAACAACAACAAUAAUAAGUAUCCGACUUGAAAACUUGAGAAAUACUACAAAUUACAACAAAAACAAUAACGACCCAUAAUAACUUAAAACGAAAUGAAAUUAAAAAAUCAAUCAAGCAAAGUUAUUGAAAUGUCAAAGUAAAUGAGCUGCUAGUCAAUCGCAGCAACAAAUUCCAACAAAAACAAAACAAACAAGCAAAAAUUGAUACGCGCGCGCUCAUAUAUUUGCUUGGCUCCCUUGACUACCGCUUGCAAAGGCAAACAAAUACAAGAAAACACCCAAGUGGACACACACACACACACACACACAGCUACAAGCCGACACAUACAUACAUUGCGAUAAAUAUACACCUCCGAAUAGCUGUCAAUGUCAGGUGCAUCAACCUAAAACCCUUGUUUAAUUACAAGGCUUACACAGCGUAAAAGUGAAUAAAAGAAGGCAAAAACAACUACAAUAACAAAGUAAAUUAUAAAUUCGUAAAUAAAUAAAAAAGGCGUAAGGCAACCGCGUACUAGUGAAACACUAAGUUAAAGGUACAACAAUAACUACAAACACAUUGCAACAACAACACAGCCAACUAAAGCAUUAGCAAGCAGACGGUGGCAAAUCAAUUUCACAAAUUAAAAGAACGUUCUACAUCGACUGUGAAUUGACGUAAACUAAUAACUAAAUCCCUAAGUACCCCAAGAGAUAUAUCAAGCCUGUGCACCCAGCAUGCGCUUAAAGUGAGCACCACCGAAAAAAAAUUAAAUAAAAUCACAACUGAGCCCACUGUACACACUAAGAGAACGCUUUGAAGGCAAAGCAGCAGCAAAGAAAAUGGUCGCACCCACAGUUUGCACAAGUCCAGUGAGAUGGACAAAAACGAAAGCCACAAACAACGCAAAACCUACAACAAAUACGAAAAUGAAACAAAUACACCAUAAAAGGCCACAACCGCCGAAAAGAGCAAAAAUACUAACAACAAGUUGGACACGUCUAAGCCAACCGACAACAGCGCUGCUGCUCGGCACGCUCAUACUGCUGAGUUUACAGGCACAAACGCAAGCCUUCUGCCCCUCGAAAUGUCAGUGCCUCAGCGGCGAAGCGAACAGUCGGGCAUACUGUGUGGACGCAGCGCUCGAAGACGUGCCCAUACAGUUGAAUCCCGAAACGAAAUAUAUCAAUUUGACGCGCAACAAAAUACGCAAUCUCGAAUUUACGCUGCCAUUUUAUAUGAAACUCGAAGUGCUCGAUUUGUCGCAGAACAUCAUCGAUACGUUGGGUUCGAAAAAUUUCGAAUUCCAAAAGGAUAUGCGCACAUUGAAUUUGAGUCGCAAUUCGGUGAGCGCCUUGCAAAAAGAUGCCUUCCGCGGUCUGAGUAAUUUGCUGGUGCUCGAUUUGAGUUUUAAUCGCAUUGAAGUGGCGGAUGCCAGCGCCAUGAGCGAUCUCACCUCGCUGAUUAAACUCGAUCUGACUAAUAAUAAUAUUGUGAGUUUAGAGGAUAAUUGCUUUCACAAUAUGAUCUCGUUGGAGAUUUUGAAAUUCAAGAAUAAUCAACUCUUGGAUGUGCCAUCGAAUAAUUUGCAGCAUUUGCAUGCGCUCAAAUCGCUGGAUUUAUCCGAUAAUCUGGUGGAAUAUGUGCGCAAUGAUAGUUUCGAGGGACUGCGUGAGUUGGUGAUGCUCACGAUGCGUGGCAAUGUGAUAUCCGAGUUGGAUUUGAGCGCUUUUGAGGGUCUGACUGCGUUAAAGCAUCUCAAUUUGGCUGAUAAUAAUUUGACGAUGGUGCCUACACAACAGCUCUCAAAGCUAUCGAAUCUUACGUAUUUGUCGCUAAGCGGUAAUCGGUUUACACAGCUGCCCGCGGUUGCUUUCAUGAACCUGUUUCAUUUACGUGAAUUGCACUUAAAUCGCUUGGAUCAUCUCAAUCGUAUAGAUUCAAGAGCCUUCAUCGACAAUACGCAUCUACAAGCAUUGCACCUCACCAACAACCUACAACUAUACGAUAUUCCCAUGCGUCUGUUCCAAGGCAAUCCCAACGUACUCGAAAUCUAUAUGCAAGGCAAUAGUCUGCAAACACUCUACUCCGCACAGUUCCCCGUCGACCAGCUCGAGCGUCUUUAUCUUGGCGAUAAUCCACUGCAAUGCAAUUGCUCGCUGCUCUGGCUAUGGCGUUUGGUUACCGGCAAUUUCGAUGGCGAGGCCAACAACGCAGCCGGUGUGCAUGUUACACACAGUCAAGGGGAAGCGGCUGUAGCCGCGCUGGGCACGGCCGAUGCCGAUGUAGCGUCCGCAGCCGCAGAGGCUUAUGUCGCACAACAAAGACCUACACGGGUAAGCAGCAGCAGUAGCGGCUCCAGCGGCUACCUACAACUCGAUAUAGAACGCAUUGGUUGCGACAUCUGGCAGGAUAAGGUGCGCACGCGUCGUCGUCUCGUGACCAUGUCAGAGGGCGAUAUCACUUGUCCCGCGCAUAUUGUCACCAUUGUGUGUGCGAUUUUUACGCUGCUACUCGUCUUCGCCAUCGGCGCCAGCAUCGUCUUUUACCUGCGCUUCGUGAAGCGUCGACGAAAGCUGCUACACGAUCGUUCGCUAACACGUUCGGGCAAAUCGAUUAUCAAUGUACACGAUCGUAUACUGCAACAUCAGCCACUGAGCACCGGCGGCGUACUGGGCAUGAGCGUCGGCGGUCUCACCUAUCCACAUCACACGCUACAACAACAAGGUGGCACACAUCAUGCCAUGUUGCCGCUACACCCGCAUGAGUACCAGCAAACGCUGCCAGCGCAAGUGGAUAAACUGGAAUUGGAACGAUAUCUAGCGGCGCAGGCGAUCGCCAAUGAGUAUCGUGCCUUGAAGCCGUGGGAGUUGCCGCCCGUGAAGGAUGCGAAUGCCUACAGCGAUGAACCGGAACACUUGUAUGAGAAAUUCGACCACUACGACUAUCCGGACAUGCAAACGUUGAGCAAAUCAAAGCAAGCGACUCUAAUGUCCAACACUGACGGUUGCAACACCAAUAACAGCGCUAAUGGUGUGGUGCUGAUGGGUAAGGGUGGCGCUGGCGCUGGUGGCACAGCGGCUAAGCCGCAUGUGGUCUACGUAUGACUCCCGGGUGGACAAGUCGGCGGCGGCGUCGACGCAGUGGGUAGUGCAAGCAAAGAGUGCGAGGGCGUGGAGGCCGAAGGCGAGCUGCGCUAUUGCCUCAACAACAACUAUAGUAGUUAUAUGAAAUUAGUUUAGAACGUGGCAGUUGCCGUAGAAAUGGUGUGGCAGGUUGGGAAGCGGAGGAGCAGCGGAGCCUGGCUAAAGAGGAGGCGCUGCAAGCGUAAGCGCAAAAAUGUAAUGGAGUUGCUACUAAUGACACGAAAUUAAAUCAAAUGCGAUAGCUGUUACGUGUAAGCAGUAAGUCGAGUAAGAUUGAGCAUAAUAUGAAACAAAACAAAAAAAAAAACAAUAAAUGUAUAAAAACACUAAAAUCGUACGUUAGCAGCGAUGAAUCGAAACAAGGGUAUAUUUGUUAGCAACUAAGUUACAAACACAAGCAUACAUACAUACAUACACCAAUAAUAAGAACACCGCAAACGUUAGACAUUAUUAUUCGUAACAUCUCGUACUUCUACGAACACCUAAUUUCCUGUUAACCUUAAGCGUUUAAGUAUAUAAAAAAUAUAUAUAUUUGCAUAAGCGUAGCAAGAAACAACAUUAAAUGAAACAAGGGAUACGUAUAGUGUUAUAUAAUAGCUAAAUUACAA